UUGGAUUCGUCGUACACAAUGGAAGCGGCCGCCGCCUCCACCCACACCGAUGCCCGCGCAUGCCACACGUGUGGCGAAACCGGCCACCUGCGCCGCGACUGCCCCAUGAACGCUGGUGAAAACGCCUCGCAUUCGACUGGUGCUGCUUGCUUUGCCUGCGGCAAGACCGGCCACAUCAAGCGUGACUGCCCCAGCGUGUCGACUCGCGCUUGCCACAACUGCGGUAGCACGGCCCACUUUCGCCGCGACUGCCCUGAAGAGCAACGCCCUCGCGCGUGCCACAACUGCGGUGAAACUGGACACGUCCGACGUGACUGCCCCAAGGACGGCAACGACAGCCGCAAGUGCCACAACUGCGGCGGCACCGGUCAUUUGCGCCGAGACUGCCCGGAAGAAAACGACACGUCCACCGACAAGUGCUACCAUUGCAACCAAACUGGUCACUGGGCUCGCAAUUGCCCCACCAAGAACUAGGUGGUGACGUCGUGAUUGCAGGUCGGGAGACGACGAAAGACGGGAUGAGUAUUUACUUCGAUUUUGCAGUGAGAUAGUUCAUUAGCUUAGUGAUGAGUUCCUGGUGCUUUAUCAGCGUGCGUCCGGCGGCGAAGGCACAAGGCAUGAAGAGAUCGGGCGUAACUUCAAACGAAACCUUGACGCUUUCAACAACUUCUCGUCACGUGUAUCAUGUUCUUCAUCAGGAUCAUUGAACGCCCUAUUGUUGACCAUCGUAUGCGAAUCAAUAUCAUGCUGGCACGUGAACACGAGCA